AUGAUGAGCCAGUACAGUAUGGCACAGCAAGACCAUGCCUACAAGACUACAAUGUCGAACAGCCCUUGGAACCCAACUCGCAAUUCAUACACUGAUCCUUCGGUACAUGGAGGUUUCGAUAAUGGCUUUUACUCAUCACAAAGGUAUGGUGAUUAUCGAAACAAUACCAGCUCGGAAUCCUUAGUAACAUCGGCCAAUUCAAGUGUCAACUACUCGGCCAGCAACUACAACCUAGCUGGCGGUCUACCUAUUGGUGCCAAUGGUCAAAUGUCACGCGCUGAGUCGACCUAUCCUGCUGCUCCCUCGUUUGGUGCUCGUCCCCCAUCAGGAUCGUAUGGCAAGCCGGUUGGGCACAGCUCAUACAAGGCUCCAACCUCUCAGUCAUGGGAGAACCGUGAGCGAUACUCGCCUACCGACUCGGUGGACGACAUCAUCGCAUCACCCAACCUGUCGGACUACUCUCUGGAGAACGGGAUGACCAGCUCUGCUCCCGGAGGAAAGGCAAAGUCCACUGGCAAAGGUCGCUCACAACGACGACCUUCGAACCGAGACGAAUUCGACGGUCCUCAUCAGUUCCUGCAGCGACCACCUCCAGAUGUCAUUGCCAUGCAGGAACGUGAGCUUCCCCAUCUGCCAACGAACCUUCAUGUUCAAGAACAGGACAAUGUUUUGAGCCAGGUCAAUGACCGACUUUCGCAAUGCGCCUAUGAUUUCGUGGCCAAGUACCAGUUUCCGAUUCCCUUGACUCAGGACAUGAGGCCCGUCGAGCGACCACAGGAUCGAGAAUGGACCGAGUGGGUUUAUCUUCUUAAGCGGCUAGCGACCAAGCGACGCAUCCCAGCGCGAGUGCUUUACAACGGACAGAUCAAGCAGUUUGUUACGAUCCUUGAAAACUCUCUCGAGAUGCGACACGCUGCGAAGCACCAAAGUCGCCCGCUUAAGGACGACCGCAACAUCCUCCAGCUGAUCUCGGCCGGCAUUCAAGUGGCCAAGAUCUUGAAGGAUGCCUCGGCUAUGGACUACCUAGACCGACUAUACGUUUCUACAGACAAGCAGAUCCAGGAUCGCGCCGCCACACGGUACCGAGCUUAG